CUCAACUCUACACACAAACCACCACAAGCAUGACCACGCUCUUUCGACCGAGGGCCUAUCUACUCUGGAAGCAUGGUCUUCACAUACGGUCAUCCCAAUUUCAACGUUGCUUCGCCACCACCUCCGAUUCAAGACCAUAUGACGUCGUCGUAAUUGGUGGAGGGCACGCAGGCUGUGAAGCCAGCGCUGCCGCAGCACGCUCUGGCGCCCGUACCGCUCUCAUCACACCGAAAUUGGACAACCUGGGGACGUGUUCUUGCAAUCCGUCGUUUGGCGGCAUCGGAAAGGGCACACUGCUCCGCGAAGUCGAUGCGCUGGAUGGUCUAGUAGGAAAAGUAGUGGAUAAGGCAGGCGUACACUUCCGAGUGCUGAACAGGGCCAAGGGUCCGGCGGUGUGGGGACCAAGAGCGCAGAUAGAUCGAGCGCUUUACAAGAAGCAUAUGCGAGAAGAAGUUACAAAUUACAGGAACCUGAGUGUUGUCGAGGCGAGCGUCGCUGAUAUUGUGAUUGAGAAAGACGGCGCAAUAGGGUCCGGGAGACAUGGGAAGAUUACGGGCGUGAGGCUAGAGAGUGGUGAUGUGAUACCAACGAAGAGCGUUGUGAUCACGACGGGGACCUUUUUAAGUGGUGAAAUACAUCUCGGGCUCCAGGUGUGGCCAGCAGGGAGGAUAGGCGAGGAUGCCACAUACAGUUUGGCAACGUCGCUGAAAGAGGCUGGGUUCCAGACUGGACGCUUGAAGACAGGCACACCGCCGAGAUUGGAUCGCAAGACAAUUGAGUUCUCUGGCUUGGUGGUACAACCUGGAGACGAGUCACCAGCACCUUUCAGUUAUCUGAAUAACAGAGUUGCGGUUGACAAGCAGCUUCAUUGCUACGAGACGCAUACGAACCAUGAAACGCACAAUAUUGUUCGCGCAAACCUUGACAAGACGAUUCACAUACGGGAAACAGUCAACGGGCCACGAUAUUGUCCGUCUAUAGAAUCUAAGGUCACGAGAUUUGCGGACAAGCAGCAACACAUCGUAUGGCUAGAGCCAGAGGGCUUCGACAGUGAGCUUAUCUAUCCCAACGGUAUAUCGAUGACAUUACCUCCUGAAAUCCAGGAACAAGUGAUAAAGUCUAUCAAAGGACUCGAGAAUGCCGUACUCGUGCAGGAUGGCUAUGGCGUGGAGUACGACUAUGUUGACCCAAGGAGUCUCCUGUCGACGCUCGAGACCAAGGCAAUCCAGGGCCUGUUCCUUGCGGGUCAGAUCAAUGGUACUACUGGAUAUGAGGAGGCUGCAGCUCAGGGUGUGGUCGCUGGUACUAAUGCAGGACUGACGGCACAGAGCAAGCAGCCGCUCAAUUUGACCCGAGCUGAUGGGUACAUUGGAAUCUUGAUUGACGAUCUUAUAACAAAGGGCGUAUCCGAGCCAUAUCGGAUGUUCACAUCUCGGAGCGAAUACAGGAUGAGUGCCCGAGCAGAUAACGCGGACACACGUCUGACCCCGUUGGGUCGCACAGCCGGUGUCGUCGGCGACGAACGGUGGGCCAGCUACAGCAAUGAACAGGAACAAAUCAAGCGCUUAAGCAAGAUCUUGUCUGACAAGAAGCUGUCGUCGGCACGAUGGCAGGAGGCUGGGAUACACGUGCGCAUGAACGGCGAGUCACGGAGCGCUUACGAAGUCAUGCGUGUCCGGCACAGCGUGAAUGACACCGUCAACAUCAGCAGACUGGAAGACAUAGUUCCUGAAAUCAAAGAUUACAGCCAGAGGAUACAGACCAGAGUUGAGAUUGAAGCCACAUAUGCGCCAUAUAUAAAGCAGCAGCAGGCUAUAAGGGCCGCGUUCCUUCGGAACGAAAGUCUCAAAUUACCGCUUGACACCGAUUACUCGGCUAUACUGGGUCUGAGUAACGAAGAGAAGCGAGUGUUGAAUCAGUUCAAGCCAGAAAGCAUCGGACAGGCGAAUCGGAUUGAGGGUGUCACACCAAGCGGUAUGCUGACGCUGUUGGGCUACGUCAAAGGGUACAGAAGAGUUCGAAGAAGUCAGGAACUAGAACAGCGAGGUCCAGACGCCGAAGCGAAGGCAGCUAUUUUUGCCAAUGCUGAAUAGUGUCCCAGGACACAUAUGUACAUGUAUGAAAUGCAUCCAUUGGUGUUGCCGGGUUGAGCAUUUCCGGCGUUCACGUUGUACAAUGGAGUAUACUCCGAAGCCUGUCUGACAAGGCACAGCACCACUUGGCUGCGCUCAUUUAUUGUAUAUAAUGUAUAUAGUGUAUACAACAGACGAAUCUAAAC